GGUAACCAGUAGCAACAACCGCGCUACAAGAAACAUAACAGAAUGCUUCUCUGAUAUUAGCAAUUUUUUUCUGUAAAUUAUGGAUGACGUACGAUUUGAAUGGAUAAGGGACAGAGUUUAUAAAGGUCUCGAUAUCAGAGAUGAGGGCGGAGAAGUUUUUGAAGAGUUAAUUAAUAGAGACGAUGGAGAAUGCGAAAGAAUUCUAGCAAAAUUCCUUAAUGAAACUCCAAACGAAGACCAGUUAGCUAUAAAGUUUUAUAAGAAAGAGGUUGAAGAGGAGGAAGAAGUAGAAGUAGAGUGCGAACCCUCCAUUCCAGAUAUUGAAGCCGAACAAGAAGAUAAAACUGGCAAUGGAAGCCGGACUGGAAGCAGAGCCGAAAGUGGUUCAGCUAUAGGAGCUCCCGAAGGUUCUAAAAGCUCACCAGAAGGUAGAGAAAGCGAUAAGAGUGAAAAAGAAGGCGGUGAAAAUGAACAAGAAGGUGAAAAACAACCAGGAGAUGAAGACGAAGAAGAACCAAAACCUAUUAAGACACGAAUUGAAAUUGUCAAAUUUAUGAAAACCUACCUUCAUAUGUGCUACGAAGGCGCAAAUAGCGAAUCUAUUAAGGGACGAAUAUUCUAUUUUGUUAGAAACUCUAGUGGAAUGGUACCUCUACCUAAUUCCAUGGCAGAAGCUUGUGUCGAACUUCCUAAGUAUUUUGAAUAUGGAUUUUUCAAUACGUCGGUUAUUGAAAUGUUGGAUCAAGCUGUUGUCGAACUGUACUCUCAAUUGUUACAACAUACAAGAAACGAUCAGACUGAACAGUUAGACGAAGAUGACGCAAAAGAUUUGAAUGAUGCUGAAAAGAUCAAUGAAAAAUACGAAAAAAUGAUUCAAGCUAAAAUAGAAGCUGAAAAACAAAAGUUAAACGUUCUCAGAGAUGAAUUUCUAUUAACUAUGCAAAAAUUUGCAACAAGUAUUAGUAGAACAAUGCAGCAAUUGGAAGGUGAAGUAAGAUUACAUGUUCCUGAAUUGAAUUUGUCUCCGAACCCUGAAGAAAAUCUCAAGAAUAAAGAAUUGCGAGAACAAAUCGAGGAAUUAGGAAAAGAUUGGUCGAGUCAAAUAAAUAAGGCUAUGGAAUUGCAACAAGACCGUAAACCUGUAGGUUUAGGUCCUUUGGCUGAAAUUGAGUAUUGGAGGGAGAGAAAUGCAGCAUUCAGUGCCCUCUACGAACAACUUAGAAUUCCAGAAGUAAAACAAAUAUUGGAUAUAUAUUCCCAACUGGAUAAUUCAUUUGAUUAUGUUAAACAAGAUUUAACUAAAUAUUAUACGGAGGCUAAAGAUAACGUCCGUUUCUUAUCAACCUUAGAGCGUCAUUUUAAAAAUGUAACUCAUGGAGCCAAUUUUGCCGUUGUUAUCGAUACUAUACCUUCAAUGAUGAAUGCUUUACGUAUGGUAUGGAUUAUUUCUAGACAUUACAAUAAAGAUAUUAGAAUGGUUCCUCUUAUGGAAAGAAUAGCUUGGCAAUUGGCCGAUAGAGUAGAACGCGUCGUUAACGUUCGAACGUUAUUCAGCGAUCCACCAAUGAGUGUAAAGAGUAAAACUUCAGAGGCAAAGCAAAUGUUAGAUUUAUGGAGACAGUCUUACUUUGAAGUCCGUGGACGAAUAGAACAAUCUGGAAGAGACGCUAGAUGGGAAUUUGAUAGGAAAAAGCUUUUUGAAAAAACUGACUAUAUGUCAAAUAUUUGUGCCGAUCUUUCUGAAUUUGCACAAGUUCUGGAAGAGUUUUAUAACAUAUUUGGUCCAGAAUUGAAAGCGGUUACAGGAGAUACAAACAAAAUAGAAGAAGUUCUUAAGAGGGUCGACAACUUAGUUAAGCCUAUAGCUGAGCUAUCUUACAAUUGUUUCGAUUACAAAAAUAUCACUAAAUGGCGAGUUUUCAAGGAAACAUUUAAGAAUGAGGUUGAACAAAUUGAAAACGAGGCUAAGAAGUUUAUUGAUAAAUCUUUUAAAACUCUACGAUCGGCUGAAGGAGCCUUUGACAUGCUACAAAAGUUCAAACAUAUUAGAUCAAGAGAUGCUAUUAAUACUCAAAUGAUGAUGAAACUAAAUGAAAUUUUGAAACAAUACGAAAAAGAAGUUGAAAUUAUGGACCAAUUAUUCAAAAUUAAUAAAGAGAAACCUCCAAUUUCUAAGAAUCAACCACCAUGCGGUGGAACAAUUAUCUGGGAAAGGUCACUCUUCCUACGUAUCAAACAAACAGUCCUAAAAUUCCAGACUAUGGAAGAAAUGCUUGCUUCCGAUCAGGGAAAAGCUGCUAGAGCCAAGUAUCUACACGUUGCCAAACAAAUGAAAGCCUUCGAAGAUGUUCUAUAUGAGUCUUGGCGUGACAAUGUUGAAGUUUCAAUACCAGUUCUAUUAAAAAAGAAUCUUAUAGUUAAACCGUCGGAACGAGUAAUUGGAGAUUCGCACGAUGAAGAUGAUAGAAAUGUCUCUCUACAAAUUAAUCAGCCCGGUUUAAAGCUAUUCGAUCCUGAAGGAAACCCAAUGGAGAUUAAGUAUAUGGUUGAUUUUGAUCCAACUCUAAGGGAGAAUAUGUCCGAAACGAAAUAUAUUGAACAAAUUGGUUUUUCCGUUCCUGAAAUAGCCAGAAAUAUUGCUUUACAGGAGGAGAAAUAUAUUAAAUAUCAAGAUGGAUUAAAGGCCAUGUUAAAUAGAUGUCAUUUAGCUUUAGCUAGUUUGGACAGUGCAGAAUCUAAUCUCCUUGUUGAUCAUAUCAAAGAACUAAGAAGAGUUAUUAGGCCAGGUGCUAAACGACUUAAUUGGAGUUCUUUGGGUAUUGCUGAUUUUAUCGUUAAAUGCGAAACGGCCAUUGGAAAAUUCGAGUCUCUUAUUAAUCAAAUUCACAAGAAUACUAAAGAUAUUAAUAAACGUCUACAGCUUAUCAAAUCAACCAAUCUAUGCCUAGAUCCUCCUAGGGAAAACAAUCAAUAUCUUACCUGCAAAGACUACUUUGAAUACAUUGACAAAGAAAGAUCAAAAGAUCUUGAAACUCUGGCUCGAAAAUAUCGAGCUAUUGGACCACUUUUAACAAAAAUGGAAGGUCUUGUUGCUAAUACAAACUCAGGAAAAUCUGAACAAUUAAGAGCGUAUUACAAUCAUUGGGAGAAGAAAAUUUACGAUGCUCUUCUCCAGUGUACUAUAAAUAAUUUGAAAAGAUGUAACAUGCUUAUUAGAGGACCCUGUCCUAAGUUUGAAAUGCAGGCAAUGCUUGCAGGACCCGACGUAGUAUUAAAUCCGCAAGGAAACGAAGUUUAUAAACAAGUUUUACAAUGCGCUAGAGAAAUUGUUGAAGGAACCAAAUUAUUCGUACGAUGGCAACACGGAACAUGUGUCGAGUGCCCACCUCAGUUUAUUAAAGGAGAAGAUGAACCAUAUAUCUUUAGCUUUAUGAACGACAUAAACGAACAUCCUGACGUCGUUGAAGUUAUUUUAACUAUUCAAGGAAAUAUCAGAACGACUUUAACAGCCGUUAGAGACUUUGUUCAGAGAUGGCGUCGCUACAGAAGUAUUUGGAGGGGAGAUAAAACUCAAAUUGUUGAAAAGUUCUAUGCAAAAGAUCCAGAAGUUGCUCAUUUCGAUCAAAAUAUUCAAUAUUAUAGAAGAAUUAUCGAAGAACUCAACGGCGCUGUGGUUAAGAAAGAUAUCGAUUGCGUUUGUCUAUUACUUAAUCCAUUAUCAAAUUCUAUAAAACAUCAUGCCGAAAUGUGGAUAAAAGCAUACGGAGAUACACUCCACCAAUCGGCAAUAGAGAAAUUAAAUAGUACAUACGAUCUAUUAGUGCAAAGGGAUAAAGAUUUGGAUCAUAGUCCAGCAACUCUAGAUGAUUUAAAAUUCGUUUUGAGAACAAUUUCCGAUAUUCGAGAUACUUCUACAGAUGUUGAGAGUAGUAUGCGAGAUAUAGCUGAACGCUAUAGAAUACUUAGAAAUUAUGAUCUAAAUGCCCCUGAUGAGGAACUUGAAAAGGUCAAUAAAUUGCCUGAUAUGUACGAUGAUCUUGUCUGGAAAUCCAAGAAUAUUGAUGCUAGCUUAAUUAUUGUUAAGCGUAAAUUCACUCAAAUCACUCAAGAUCAAAUCAAGAAAUUUGGUUUAGAAUUAGAAGAGUUUGCCGAAAGAUUCCGCAAUGAUGGCCCUGGAGCAGUUGGCAAAGAUCUCGAUAAGGGACUAGAGUUAAUGAAACUUUAUUCGGUUGAAGUACAAAAGUAUGAAUCGGAUAAACAAGAACUCGGAAACGCUGAAAAACUGUUUGAUCUACCAAUAACAAUGUAUCAACAGUUGUAUCAAGUUCAAAAAGAUAUGAAAGGCUAUGAACAGAUUUAUGCUAUUUAUGAGGAGCAAUUGAAAGCAAGAGAAGUCUGGUCAGAAACCUUGUGGGCUAAUUUGAAUGUUCAAUUAUUGCAAGAUGGUAUUGAAGGACUUUUGAAACAACUCAGAAAACUGCCAAGAGAGGUUAGAAAUAUGCCUAUUGGUAAAGCUUUGGACGAAAAAAUGAAAGAAUUUAGAGACUCUUUACCGUUGUUUGUCGAUUUGAAACACGAAGCUCUUAGAGAAAGACAUUGGAAAGAAUUGAUGAAAAAGACAGAACAAGACUUCGAAAUGAAUCCAGAUACAUUUACUUUACAAAAUGUAUUUGCUAUGGAAUUGCAUCGUUUCAUCGAUACCAUAGCUGAAAUUGUUACCUCUGCUACGAAAGAAUUGAGCAUUGAAAAGGGUGUAAAGGAAGUUGAAGAAAUCUGGAGUAACAUGAAAUUUUCUGUUCAAAAAUAUACAAAGGGAACUGCUGAUCGCGGUUUCAUAAUUGGUGCCGUCGAUGAAAUUGUUCAAGCUCUUGAUGAUAAUACAAUGAAUUUGCAGAGUAUGUCUGCAUCCCGUUUUAUUGGACCAUUUUUAAUGGCAGUUCAAAAUUGGGAAAAGAGUCUUUCUCAUAUAUCCGAAGUUAUUGACAUUUGGCUAGUUGUUCAAAGAAAGUGGAUGUAUUUAGAAGGUAUCUUUGUCGGCGGUGACAUUCGUUCACAACUUCCGGAAGAAGCUAAAAAAUUCGAUCAAAUUGAUAAAACUUUCAAAAAAAUUAUGUCAGAUACCCAUAAACAACCAAAUAUCAAACAAGCUUGCCAUGCUGCUAGUCGGUUAUCCGAUCUACAAAAUUUAAGCGUUGGAUUAGAAAAAUGUCAAAAAUCAUUGAACGAUUAUCUAGAUUCGAAGCGUAACGCAUUCCCAAGAUUCUUUUUCAUAUCUGAUGACGAAUUGCUCAGUAUUCUGGGUUCAAGUGAUCCAGAAUGUGUACAAGAACACAUGAUAAAGAUGUAUGAUAAUAUUUCGGCAUUGAAAUUCUCAAAAUCUCCUAACAACGAUAUGAUAGCUCAGGGUAUGAUUUCUGGUGAAGGAGAAGAAAUGCUUUUCAGAACUCCUAUUGCCGCCGACGGUAGAGUGGAAGAUUGGAUGACAAAUGUAUUGGAAGAAAUGCGAAGAACAAACAGACUCAUUACAAAAGAAGCCAUAUUUACCUACUGCGCCGAAGGCAGAAAUAGAGUUGAUUGGAUGCUUGAAUAUCAAGGUAUGGUUUGUCUAGCUGGUAAUCAAGUAUGGUGGACAUGGGAAGUUGAAGAUGUGUUCAGAAAAGUUAAGAAGGGUGUUAAAACUGCAAUGAAAGACUAUGCUAAAAAACUACACGGACAAAUUGACGGUUUAGUAGUUAAAGUUAGAUCUCCAAUGACAUCCAAUGAACGAAAGAAAUUCAACUCUGUACUUAUUAUUGAUGUUCACGCCAGAGAUAUUAUUGACAGUUUCGUACGAGAUAGCAUUAUGGACGCGAGAGAAUUCGAAUGGGAGAGCCAGCUUAGAUUUUAUUGGGAUAGAGAACCAGAUGAAUUAAUUGUUAAACAAUGUACAGGAACGUUUGGCUAUGGUUACGAAUACAUGGGAUUAAAUGGUCGUUUAGUUAUUACACCCUUAACCGACCGUAUUUACCUCACUUUAACUCAAGCACUCUCUAUGAAUCUUGGAGGAGCACCAGCAGGACCAGCUGGUACAGGAAAAACUGAAACAACUAAAGAUUUAGCAAAAGCUUUAGGAUUACUUUGCGUAGUAACAAAUUGCGGUGAAGGUAUGGAUUAUAAGGCUGUAGGUAAAAUAUUCUCUGGUCUUUGUCAAUGCGGCGCUUGGGGAUGCUUUGACGAAUUUAACAGAAUAGAUGUCUCUGUACUUUCUGUUAUUUCCACCCAAUUAACAACAAUUAGAAAUGCUUUAAUUAUGAAAUUAAAGCAAUUUUUCUUCGAAGGUGGAGAAAUUAAAAUGGAUAAUCGUGUCGGUAUUUUUAUUACUAUGAAUCCUGGUUAUGCUGGCAGAACUGAAUUACCAGAAUCUGUUAAAGCCCUUUUCCGACCUGUUGUAGUUAUUGUACCAGAUUUACAACAGAUUUGCGAAAUUAUGUUGUUUUCAGAAGGUUUCCUUAUGGCUAAGGUCCUUGCUAAGAAAAUGACAGUUUUAUAUAAAUUGGCUAAAGAACAAUUGUCUAAGCAGUACCAUUACGAUUUUGGCUUAAGAGCCUUAAAAUCUGUUCUCGUAAUGGCAGGUGAAUUGAAGAGAACUGCUUCAGAACUCCCAGAAAAUGUUGUACUUAUGAGAGCUUUAAGAGAUAUGAACUUACCAAAAUUCGUCUUUGAAGACGUUCCACUAUUUUUGGGUCUAAUCGGAGAUUUAUUUCCUGGGCUCGACUGCCCUCGUGUUAGAUAUCCUAACUUUAACGAUGCUGUUGAAAGUGUUCUUGAGGACAACAGAUACGUUAUGCUACCAAUCCAAGUAGAUAAAGUUGUACAAUUGUACGAAACAAUGAUGACUAGACAUACAACUAUGGUCGUAGGACCAACCGGAGGUGGAAAGUCAGUUGUUAUUAACACUUUGGCACAAGCUCAAACAAAACUGAACUUAACAACAAAAUUAUUUACCAUAAACCCAAAGGAGAGACCAGUUGUUGAAUUAUACGGAGUAUUAGAUCCAAACACUAGAGAUUGGACAGACGGUCUGUUAUCAAAUAUCUUCAGAGAAAUAAAUAAACCAACAGACAAGAAUGAAAGAAAGUACAUUGUUUUUGAUGGUGACGUUGAUGCCUUAUGGGUUGAAAACAUGAACUCCGUUAUGGACGACAAUAGAUUGCUUACAUUAGCCAACGGUGAACGUAUAAGAUUACAAAAACACUGUGCUCUACUAUUUGAAGUUUACGAUUUGCAGUACGCCUCUCCCGCAACAAUUUCUCGUUGUGGUAUGGUUUUCGUUGAUCCUAAGAAUUUAGGUUAUAAACCAUUCUGGGAAAAAUGGGUUGGCAAAAGAGAAAAUGAAGAAGAAAGGAAGGAGCUAUCCCGAUUAUUCAAUAAAUACGUGGAUUCGUGUAUUGAUAUGAUUAUAGAGGGAAUAGUUGAUGGAAAACAAGCAUCAAAAUUGAAAACAAUUGUACCAUUAACAAACUUAAAUAUGGUUACACAACUCUGUCAAAUGUUAGAUGCCCUUUUACAGCCAACUGAUAAUCCUGAUGUCACUGAAGCUACAUUUUUGCAAUGUAUGUACUGGAGUUUAGGAGCAGCCUUACUAGAAGAUGGUCGUGUCAAGUUUGACAACCAUGUGAAAUAUAUAGCCUCUAUAACAUCAGUGGAUGAUGAAGAAAAACUUGCUAAAGCUGGAGAAUUACCAACCAAUCAACCAACUCUUUUCGAAUAUUUCUUUGACCAAGAACAGAACGUAUGGGUUCCAUGGCUGAAGAAGGUAACAAAAUACACCCAUGAUCCCGCAAGGAAAUUUAAUGAGAUUCUCGUUCCUACUGUUGAUACUGUAAGAGCAACAUGGCUCCUGAAACUUCAUCUGGAAAUGCAAAAGAGUAUUUUACUUGUAGGAGAUACAGGUACCUCCAAAACUGCUACCACUGCUGAUUAUUUGAGAACGUUGGACGGUGAAACUCAUCUACUACUCAAUAUGAACUUUUCUAGCAGAACAACUUCACUAGAUGUUCAAAGAAAUUUGGAAGCUAACGUAGAAAAGCGUACAAAGGACACAUACGGUCCUCCACCAGGCAAACGUCUAAUCGUGUUUGUAGAUGAUAUGAAUAUGCCUCAGGUGGAUGAAUAUGGUACCCAACAGCCUAUUGCCCUACUCAAAUUACUUUUGGAACGUCAAGGUUGCUAUGACAGAGGUAAAGAAUUAAAUUGGAAGAAAAUGAAAGAUAUUGGAUGGUUAGCUGCAAUGGGUAAACCAGGAGGUGGUAGAAAUGAUGUUGAUCCAAGAUUUAUAUCAUUAUUCUCGGUUAUAAACAUGACUUUCCCAUCUGACGAGUCACUCUUUUUGAUCUAUAAUUCCAUCUUGCAAGGUCACGUUAUACCUUUCUCCCAAGAUAUUCAAGAUAUUGUUCCUAACAUUACAAAAAUGACAAUGGAGAUAUACAAAAAUAUCAUCCAAGAUCUUCCACCUACACCAUCAAAAUUCCAUUAUAUCUUUAAUCUUAGAGAUUUAUCUAGGAUUUACAAUGGUUUGUGCUUGACAACCCCAGAUUGCUACAGUAGACAAGAUCAAUUUAUUAGGGUAUGGAGAAAUGAAUGUAUGAGAGUUGUAUUUGAUCGUCUCAUCUCUGAAGACGAUAAGAAACUCGUCCAGGAGCGAGUGAUUACGCAGAUAGAAGAAAAUUUCAAGCCGUUAAAAGAAUACGUUAUGAGAGAUCCAAUAUUGUUUGGGGAUUAUAGGAAUACUCUUGAAGAGGCUGAACCUCGCUUAUACGAAGAUAUUCAAGAUUUUGAUGCCGCUAAAGCGCUUUUCCAAGAAAUUUUGGAAGAAUACAACGAAAGGCAUACUCCUAUGAACAUGGUUUUGUUUGACGAUGCCUUAGAUCACAUAACAAGAGUCCAUAGAGUUUUAAGAAUGGAUCAAGGUCACGCUCUUCUAGUAGGAGUAGGCGGUUCGGGAAAGCAGAGUAUUUGCCGUUUGUCAUCAUUUGCAGCUGGAUGUGAAGUAUUUGAGAUAACAUUGAGCCGAGGAUACAGUGAAAGCAAUUUCCGGGAUGAUUUGAAAAUUUUGUACAAUAAAUUGGGUAUGGAAAAUAAGAAAGUAUCAUUCCUCUUCACAGACCAACAUGUUGUGGAGGAAGGCUUCUUAGAAUUAAUUAAUAACAUGCUAACAUCCGGAAUGGUACCUGCUCUUUACGCUGAUGACGAAAAAGAAGCUAUCAUUGGUCAGAUCAGAAAUGAAGCAAAUGCAGCUGGAAUGGGUCCAGCUAGAGAAGCUAUCUGGCAAUAUUUUGUUACGAAAUGUGCCAAUAACCUUCAUGUUGUUAUGGCUAUGUCACCUGUAGGUGAUACCUUAAGAACUAGAUGCCGUAACUUCCCAGGUAUGGUAAAUAAUGCCUCCAUUGAUUGGUUCUUUCCAUGGCCAGAGCAGGCUCUUUACGCUGUUGCUAGCGUGUCGAUAUCGCUAGAUAAUCCUUUGGUGCCGGAGAUUCAUCGUGAAUCAAUUGUUAGCCAUAUGGUAAUGGUUCACAACUCAGUAGGGACUUAUUCGAAAACAUUUCAACAAAAGCUUCGUAGAAAUAAUUACGUAACACCAAAACAUUACUUGGACUUUAUUAAUACCUAUUUAAAAUUAUUGGAUGAAAAAGACAAAUUCAUUUUAUCUCAGUGUGAACGUUUAUCCGGUGGUAUGACAAAAUUGGUGGAAGCUAGCGAACAAUUAAACGAAUUAAAUGAAAAAUUAGCUGUUCAAAAGGUGGUCCUCAAAGAAAAGACCGAAAGUUGCGAACAGCUUUUGGCCGACAUUUCAGAAAAGACGACAAUGGCAGAAGAGAAGAAAACACUUGCCGUUGCUAAAGGAAAAGAAAUUGAGGAACAGAGUAAAAUCAUUCAUGUUGAAAAAACAGAAGCGGAAGAAGCUUUAAAAGAGGCUCUACCCGCAUUAGAAGCAGCUAGAGCUGCUCUCGAUGAUCUUGAAAAAGGCGAUGUAACUGAAAUUAGGUCAUUUGCAAAGCCUCCAAGGCCAGUUCAAACUGUUUGUGAAUGUAUUGUUGUAAUGAAAGGUAUAAAAGAGGUAUCAUGGAAAUCUGCUAAGGGUAUGAUGUCGGAAGCUAACUUUUUAGCAAGUCUAAAGAACAUGAAAGUUGACGAUAUCGGUUUGAGACAAGUGAAUACAGUAAAAUCAUUCUUGAAAAGUGGCGAUGAUAUGACAGUAGACGCUAUGAAAGCUGUUUCUAAGGCUGGUGCUGGAUUGUUAAAAUUUGUAGAAGCUGUUGUAGGAUAUUGCGAAGUUGCAAGAGAAGUUAAACCAAAACGUGAAAAAGUAGCUAAAUUAGAAAGAACCUAUAACCAAGCUAAAAGAGAAUUGGAAAAAAUUAACACAGAAGUAUUAAACAUUGAAGAAGAACUUAACAGACUAAAGAAGAUGUAUGAGGAAGCUAUGUCGGAAAAGCAACAAUUAGAGAAUGAAGCUGCAAUUAUGGAACGUCGAUUAAUAGCUGCUGAUAAACUUAUAUCAGGCUUAGGGUCUGAAAAUGAGCGUUGGACCAAGGAUUUACAGGAUUUAAAAGAUCAAAGGAUAAAAUUACUGGGAGAUUGCCUGUUGUCAUCAGCUUUCCUCAGCUACGUUGGCGCUUUCAGUUGGGAAUUUAGGACAGAGAUGAUCUACUCAGAUUGGCAAAGUGAUAUAAGAACCAAGGACAUUCCUUUAAGUGAUCCAUUCAAGCUCGAAGCAGUAUUGACAAAUGAUGUUGAAAUGAGUAGAUGGACAUCAGAAUCUCUUCCACCCGAUGAAUUAUCUAUCCAAAACGGUAUCCUAACAACGAGAUCGUCAAGAUUCCCAAUGUGUAUUGAUCCACAACAACAAGCACUCAAUUGGAUAAAAAAGAAAGAGGAGAAGAACAACCUGAAAGUUUGUACUUUCAACGAUUCGGAUUUCUUGAAACAGUUAGAGUUAGCUAUCAAAUACGGAUUUCCCUUCCUAUUUAAAGACGUAGAUGAGUAUAUUGAUCCCGUAAUUGACAAUGUUCUCGAGAAAAACAUUAAGGGAUCUACUGGAAGGGAGUUUAUUAUGCUAGGAGAUAAAGAAGUUGACUAUGAUCCCAAUUUCCGGUUAUACUUGAACACAAAGCUAUCCAACCCAAAAUAUACGCCAAAUGUUUUUGGUAAAUCGAUGGUAAUAAACUAUACUGUAACAUUGAAAGGUUUAGAAGAUCAAUUGUUGAGUGUUAUAGUAAAAUUCGAAAGAAAAGAACUAGAAGAGCAAAGAGAACGUCUUAUUCAAGAAACCAGUGACAACAAACGGCUAUUGAAAGACCUAGAAGAUUCUUUACUUCGUGAAUUGGCGACAUCUACUGGAAAUAUGUUGGACAAUGUUGAUUUGAUCAACACUUUAGAAAAUACCAAAUCAAAAGCUUCAGAAGUUGCAGAAAAAUUGAAAUUAGGAGCCAAAACUGCAAGUGAAAUUGAUAAAACAAGAGAUGGCUAUAGGCCUGCAGCUAAACGCGGGGCUAUUCUCUUCUUUGUCUUGUCGGAAAUGUCUAUAAUUAAUAGCAUGUAUCAGUACUCGUUGUCAUCUUAUUUAGAUGUUUUCGAGUUUUCUCUAAAGAAGAGUAUGCCAGAUACGGUUGUUCCGAAGAGAUUAAGGAAUAUUAUGGAUACUUUAACACAUAAUGUCUAUAAUUACGGCUGUACUGGAAUUUUUGAAAAGCAUAAGUUACUUUUCUCUUUUCAAAUAACGGUUAAAUUGGAAAUGGAUGAAAUGAGAGUUAAACAAGAGGAAUUAGACUUUUUCAUUAAAGGUAACAUAGCUCUUGAGAAGAGUAAGAGAAAGAAGCCAUAUUCUUGGUUUCCGGAAGAGGGAUGGGAAGAUUGUGUAAGGCUUUCCGAAGUUUUACCCGAUGUUUUCGCAAACUUAUUAGACGAUAUUGAAAAAGAUGAAAAAACCUGGAAAAAUUGGUUUAAUCAUGACUCUCCGGAAUCUGUAUCUUUCCCAUCAAAAUAUAAUUCAAUUAACGAUUUCCACAAGUUGAUGCUGUUACGUUGUAUGAGAGUAGACAGAAUUUAUAGAGCAGUUACCGAGUACGUAACGAAGAUUAUGGGAGAAAAAUAUGUCACACCCCCGAUUAUCAGCUUUGAGAGUAUCUUUGAACAAUCAACACCAACAUCUCCGAUUGUUUUCAUACUCAGCGCUGGAUCCGAUCCAACUUCCGAUCUUAUGAAAUUAGCUGAACGUACCGGUUUUGGCAGUAAUAGAUUAAAAUAUCUAUCUUUGGGUCAAGGUCAAGAAAAGUUAGCUAUGAACCUCUUGGAAACAGCUAUUGCUAGAGGACAAUGGCUUCUCUUACAAAAUUGUCAUUUGUUGAUUAAAUGGUUAAGAGAAUUGGAGAAACAACUAGAAAAAUUAUCAAAACCCCAUCCAGAUUUUAGAUUAUGGUUGACAACGGAUCCAACACCAAGUUUUCCGAUUGGUAUCCUCCAGAGAUCUCUAAAAGUUGUUACAGAACCACCUAAUGGAUUGAAAUUAAAUAUGAGAAAUACCUACUUUAAGAUUACUGCUCAAUCAUUGUCCGAUUGUCCCCACGAUUCAUUUUCAGCCUUGGUGUUUGAUUUGGCUUUCUUCCAUGCUGUAGUUCAAGAGAGAAGAAAGUAUGGUAAGAUUGGUUGGAACGUUGGAUACGACUUUAACGAAUCGGACUUUCAAGUUUGUAUGGAGAUUCUACGAACCUAUCUUACAAAAGCUAUUGAAAAUAAGGAUUCAAAAAUUCCUUGGGGAAGCUUAAAGUACCUUAUCGGAGAAGUUAUGUAUGGUGGAAGGGCUAUCGACAACUUUGACAGGCGUAUAUUGAACACUUAUAUGGAUGAAUAUAUGGGAGAUUUCAUCUUUGACACUUUCCAACCUUUCCAUUUCUAUACUAAUGAUGAAGUUGAUUACAAAAUACCAACUGGCGUCGAAGAUAUUUCCCCAACAAGAGACACCUAUGUUGAUUAUAUUGAAACUUUACCGCUGUCGAAUACUCCAGAAGUAUUUGGCUUACAUCCCAACGCCGAAAUUGGAUAUUAUACAGAAGCAGCCCGUGAAAUGUGGACUCAAUUAGUCGAGCUACAACCUCAAACAGGCGAUACCGGAGGAGGUAUUUCUAGAGAAGAAUAUAUGGAUAAGGUUGCGCAAGAUGUUCUGGGUAAACUACCAAAGGAAUUUGAUUUAGAUAAAAUAAGAAAGAAAUACGGUAUUGAUAUAACGCCAACAACUGUAGUAUUAUUACAAGAAAUUGAGAGAUUUAAUAGAUUAAUUUCCCGUAUGAAUAAAUCAUUAUCAACUCUUAGGAGAGCGCUGAAAGGUGAAGUUGGCAUGAGUUCGGAAUUGGAUGAUCUUUCUAAAUCGCUAUAUAACGGUGUCAUACCAUCAAUUUGGAGAAAGUUGGCUCCCGAUACGAGAAAAUCUCUUGCUAAUUGGAUGAUACAUUUCGAACGACGCCACCAGCAGUAUUUCAAAUGGGUUGAAGAAAAUGAACCCGCCGUAAUGUGGCUAUCCGGUCUACAUAUUCCAGAAUCAUAUCUAACUGCUCUCGUUCAAGCAACUUGCCGUAAGAAUGGAUGGCCAUUAGAUAAAUCAACACUCUAUACCACAGUUACAAAACAUGCUUCUGCCGACGAUGUCUCAGAGAGGGCUCAUCAAGGAUGUUUCGUUUCAGGAUUAUAUCUAGAAGGAGCGGGAUGGGAUGCACAAAAAGGCUGCUUAAUAAGGCAACGUCCUAAAGAGCUUAUUCAAGAAUUACCUGUUCUAAAAGUGAUUCCAAUAGAAGCACAUAGACUAAAAUUACAAAAUACUUUCAAAACACCGGUAUAUGUUACAUCACAACGUAGAAACGCUAUGGGUGUUGGCCUAGUAUUUGAAGCUGAUCUCUUUACGGCUGAACAUCCUAGUUUGUGGGUAUUGCAAGGAGUAUGUCUUACUCUUAAUACGGAUUAAUUAAUUGACAAUAAAAAGGACACGUUUAUUAAUAUUAUUGUAAAUAUUAGAAGAUAUAUGAUAUAAUAUACAGUAUAUCCAUAAAUAAACAAGUAUUGUAGUUAAUUCUAUUGUUAAAUAAUGAAAUAUUAAAAAAAUAUAAUAUUUACGUUUGAUCAGGUCGUUUUAGA